UUGGAGCACACCUUCCACUUCUGCAAUCAGUCGAAGCACUCGAUUCGAUGAGUCAAUGAUUCAUGCUUCGUCAACAUGUGUACUCUGAUCCUAAUUAGCCUCGUUUCCUCAACUGUCAUCCUCGAUGUUCUCGAUUUCGUUCAUCCACUCUUUCUCCCCUCUCAGAGCUGGGCGUACUUUUAUCGCUUUUUGGGUUGCAUUUGUCCCGUGAGGGUUCCUCUCGUUCUUCUUGGCUUUGAUACCACAUAAAUGGACGUUAUAAGCAUUUCUCCCCCAACCCAAUGAAUUCUGUAAUACUGCGUUUUCCGUUCUAUUAUGUAUUGACCCAGUACAUGCGUCUGGUCAUUCUCAACCCAUCGAGCAUUAUGUAAUGCACUCGCGAUUUGAC